AUGCUGCGUCAGUAUGUUCACCAAUUUGGUCAGAAACUUAUCCACAAGCAGCCGCUGGAGCCCAGACAGGAGUCUGAGAGAACCACAGCUUAUCUGAACACCCUCGACCUGGUGGCCGUGGGUGUGGAAGACACCCUGGGAGCUGGCGUGUACAUCCUGACUGGUGAAUUAGCCAAAGUGAGAGCUGGACCAGCAACUGUCAUCUGCUUCCUGUUGGCCGCCUUGUCUUGUGUGAUGUCUAGUCUCUGCUUUGCUGAGUUUGGGGCCCGGGUACCACGCUCUGGUACUGCGUAUCUCUACAGCUGUGUCACCAUGGGUCAGCUGUGUGCCUUCAUCACUGGCUGGAACCUCAUACUGUCCUAUGUCAUUGCCACGGCCAGUGUGGCCAGGGCGUGGAGCUACAUCUUUGACAACCUGAUUGGGAACCACAUCUCUCAGGUGUUACAAGAAUCUUUCUCUCUGAAUAUGCCUUACUUCCUGGCCAGGUAUCCAGAUUUUUUUGCCCUGGGCCUGGUGCUGCUGGUCACAGGACUACAGGUUCUGGGAGUUCGUGAGUUGACCCUGGUUAACAAAGUGUUCACAGGCAUCAACAUUUUGGUUCUCAGCUUCAUCAUCAUCUCUGGCUUCAUUAAGGGAGACCUGCACAACUGGAAGCUCACAGAACAGGCUGGAUCCACUGACACCUCUAGCUUUGCCCCUCUGGGUUCUGGAGGGUUUGUGCCCUUUGACUUUGAAGGAAUUCUCCAUGGAGCAGCUACGUGUUUCUAUGCAUUUCUUGGCUUUGAUUUCAUUGCCACUAGAGGGGGAGAAGCCCUAAAUCCUCAGUGGUCCAUCCCCAUCAGCAUCAUGAUCACGCUCUUCAUCUGCUUUUUGGCAUAUUUUGGUGUCUCAGCGGCACUCACCCUCAUGGUCCCCUACUACCAGAUUCAUCGUGACAGCCCCUUCCCACAGGCUUUUCUCCACGUUGGCUGGGACCCUGCCAGAUAUGUCGUGGCUGUUGGCACCCUCUGUGCUCUUACAUCCAGCUUCCUUGGUACCAUGUUCACCACCCCUCCUGUGAUCUGUGCAAUGGCAGAAGACAGGCUCCUUUUCUGGGGCCUUGCCCAGAUCCAUGCCCGCACCCAUACUCCCAUCAUGGCCAUCACGUCUGCUGGAAACCUUGCAGGGGUCAUGGCAUUACUCUUUGAGUUCAGGGAUCUUGUGGACUUCAUGUCAAUUGGGACUCUGUCUGUUUACUCCCUGGUGGCUUUUUCUGUGCUUGUUCUCAGGUACCAGCGAGAUCAGAAUUUAAGCAAGAAGGAGAAAACUGAGGUGAAGCCCGAAGUUGAAGGAAGUCCUUUCGACUCUGUACCUGAAGCAGGAAACUCAAAUAUUCUAAAGAGUCUGUGGUUUUCUACCAGCACCAACCUCACCUGGAAAUCUGGCCAGAUUAUCUAUGGAUGUGCCUCCCUGCUUGUUCUCCUGCUGAUAAUCCUGAGCCUGAUCCUGGCCCAGUGGCCCAGACGUGUGUUCUCUGGAGACCCCGUGCUCACAACAGUGGCUGUGCUGCUGCUGCUGCUCAUCAUUGGGGUCACGGUCAUCAUCUGGAGGCAGCCCCAGGACCCCACUGCUCUUUACUUCAAGGUCCCUGCUCUGCCUGUCCUCCCACUGGUGGGCAUCUUUGUGAAUGUUUACCUGAUGAUGCAGAUGACCUCUGGGACCUGGGCCCAGUUUGGUGUCUGGAAUGUGACUGGAUUUCUCAUAUACUUUGGAUAUGGGAUCUGA